UAGCAAUAACCCAAAACCAAUCUGUGUUUCAAAAUUUGAAUCUUCAUCAAGAAGAAGAAGAAGAAGAAAGAGUAAGUAAUAGUAGCAGGCAGCGAUGGAGGAGGGUCAGAUUCAGAUAGAGAGGUUGGAUCCAGAGACGGAGUUUCUUCUCUCAAAGAGACAGACUGGGAACGAGUGGGAACUUUUCAAAGAAAACGUGAGGCCCUUGAAGAGAGGCAGAAAGGUUCAUCUCUUAAACGAAGCUCUCAAAUCCCACAACGACAAUCAACUCAAGAAAUCUCUGCUUGAGAACCGAAGGAGGUUGAUUGAGGCUAUCGAUGAGCAUCAAGGAGAUGAUCCUCUACACCCAUGGCUCGAGUGUAUUAAGUGGGUUCAAGAAGCAUUUCCAAUGGGAGGAGACUACUCUGGAUUGGUUGUGAUAUAUGAACAAUGUGUGCGCACUUUUUGGCAUUCAGACCGCUAUAAGGAUGAUUUACGCUACCUGAAAGUGUGGUUGGAAUAUGCUGAAAAUUGUAGUGAUGCAGAAAUCAUAUACAGUUUUCUAGAGGCAAAUGAAAUUGGGAAGACUCAUGCUGUGUACUAUAUAUCCUAUGCUUCACACUUAGAAUCCAAGAAUAAGAUGAAACUUGCCAACGAAAUUUAUAAUCUUGGCAUAUCUAGGAAUGCUCAACCACUCGAAAAAUUGAAGGAUUCUUAUAGGAAGUAUUUUGCUCGCUCAAUGAGAAGACCAAAACCAACAGAUGAAGAUACAGUGGAGAAGCGGUUACCAGGACGGAGUUUUGGAACUGUCCUCUCCAGAGGAGAAAAUCGAAUGCAGACCACUGAGAACUCUGAUCUUGUCAAGAAAAAUGUUAGGCCAGAUAGGGCUCAUGCAACUCCGCUCACUAUUUUCAAAGAUAUAAGCAAUGUGGAUCGUCAGCCAGAUACAUCAAAGACAGACUUGAAUUCUUGGCGCACUCUUGGAGCUCGUGCAGAGAGAAAUAAAGAAAAUAAUGCAAUCCCUACCAAGUGGACAACAUACAAGGUUCCUCAGAAACCUGGGUCUAUAACAGGAGGAAUAACUGCCAGUAGUAUUGAGGUUUUUGUCGAUGAAGAAUGUGAAGAAAUUCAUAAGAGGAAUAAUGAGGGGGGUGAUAAGUCGAUGUUGCAACUUAGGCAUGAGGAUGGCCGAGACCUUAAAAAGGAAACGGAGCUACUGAGGGAGAAUCCAUUACGUAAUUUCCCUCCAAACAGCCUUCCGAGAUGAUUAUCAAUCAUUUGUGGUUUUGCUUCUUGCAGUGUUGCAUGAUUUCAUGUGUGGGGGGUCAGCUUUUAUCUCUAAAGCCUGAUCUAUGCUUAUCCAUUUCUUUCAUUCAAUUUGAACCAUUAAAUUUGGAUUGAUUAGUUUUCUUUUUCUUUUUUUCCCCUCUUAAACACUGUUGCAUUGUUGAGCAAGCACGCUGUUUUUGCUCAAUUCACAUUCUUUCUUGAAUGAUUCAAUUUGAAAUAUAAAUUUGGAUU